UUCUCUUUUACACUACAAAAGCUUAAGCAUUUCGAACGACGACGACCAUCUUCUUCCCUUUCCCUCUCGUUUUGUCUUCUGCUAAAUUCCGUUUCCAUGGACACUCCAAACUUGCUCUCCUCCUACUCCUCCCUGUUUUGCUUCUUCCUCUUCUUUCUUCUCUUAGGUCAUCGGAAACAUGUCUUAGUCGGAGGUUCAAGUGCGUCGCCGGUUUCGGAGUUCGGACCGAAGAUGAUGUUUGUUUUCGGGGAUUCCUACGCCGACACCGGCAACAACCGGAAAACUUUGUCGAGUUCCUGGAAACUUCCUUACGGAAUCACAUUUCCUGGGAAACCUGCCGGCCGUUUCUCCGAUGGUCGAGUUCUCACCGAUUACGUCGCCGGGUACCUGAGAAUAAAGACACCAAUACCCUACAGAUGGAGGAAACAACUGGGCGGACGGGUGAAGUAUGGGAUGAACUUUGCCUAUGGAGGAACUGGUGUGUUCGACACCUUAGUUCCGGAGCCGAACAUGACUACACAGAUCGAUUUCUUGCAGCAGCUUCUCGAUGACUCGGUCUACUCCAAGAGGUCGCUCAAAACUUCUGUCGCACUUGUCAGCCUCGCCGGCAAUGACUACUCUAAUUACCUUGCUACCAACGGCUCUGCUGCGGGGUUUCCGACCUUCAUCGGAAGCGUAGUGAAUCAACUGAAGGUGAACUUGAAAUGGAUCCAUAACACGGGGGUGAGGAAAAUAGCGGUGAGCGCAUUGCAGCCAUUGGGGUGCCUCCCUCGAAGCACUGCUCUUUUGGCCUUCGAGCAGUGCAAUGGAACCGAAAACACGCUCGUCCAACUCCAUAACCAGCUCUUGGUUCAAGCAGUGAACGAUCUCAACCAACAAACCAACAGCUCCUCUUUCUUUGUCCUCGACAUUUACGAUGCCUUUUGGGACGUUUUCGUUCACAAACAAGCUCGCCAAGUGAGUCCGAGAUUUGAGAAUCCGUUCGAGCCAUGCUGUGUUGGAGUGAGUGCUGCAUUUUCAUGCGGGAGUGUAGAUGAAAAUGGGGUGAAGAAGUACACGGUUUGCUGGGAUCCGAAAUCGAAGUUCUUUUGGGAUACGGUUCACCCUACACAAGAAGGAUGGCGAGCUGUGUAUUCAACUCGGGUUCUUCAAAACAGUCUCAAGCAGCUUUGGUAGAAAUUAAUGUUUUCUGUUUAUGGCUCUGUAAUGUGUUUGCGUUUUGUUUGUUGGUUAUCUGUCGAAUCCCUUUUGUGCUGGGAAAAAAAGUUGUAUGAAAUGAAUGGA